AUGCCUCAUGCGCACUCGAGUUCAGCGGCGAGCUCGGGCGGCGACGACCUGGGCUCCACGGAUGAGGUGAAGGUGUUCAAGGACGAGGGCGACGGGGAGGACGAGAAGCGGAGCUCCGAGAACCUUCUGGAAGAAAAGUCCAGUCUCAUCGAUUGGACCGAGAGUGAGGACAAAUCGGGCGAGCCAUACUCUGCAAAGUUAUCGGUGAAAUCGGAUUUAAGUCCUGUUUUUGGUAAAUUCGAACCGCACCCAGCAGCGAGCUUCAACAUGGGCUACCUAGUGACACCGUACCCCUACCCCAACGGUGGGGCACAUCCGCUGCCCGUCUCCAUGGCCGGCAAGAUGGGCCUUCCUGCAGGCGGCAGCCUAUCGCUGUUUUGCCCGGGGGGGGAUUUGGGGCAGCCACCCCCCGCGCAUAUGGGUAUACCUCCCCCCUACCAGUUGGAUUCCAAACUGGCAGCGGGGUUAGCGCGGACCCCCAUGUACCCCUUUCCCGGGGGUACGUACCCUUACCCCAUGCUCAGCCCCGAGAUGUCGCAGGUAGCAGCCUCGUGGCACACGCCGAGCAUGUACCCGAUUUCCUCGGCGGCCAGUGGCUUCAGGAGUCCGUACCCCACAUCCCUGCCAAUCAGCAGUUCUAGUCUAUCGAGUGAGUUAUAUCGGUUCUCACCGACCCUGGGCGGUGGUCUGGGUCUGGGGUUAAGCCCAGCACUGGUUCCAGCGCCCCCCUCCAAAGUGGACAUCUUUACGCACCAUUCGAGAUCACAGGCGGAGAAGGGCGGCGGCGGUGGCGCAAGCGAUAAGCCCAACGAGGGCUCCGCGAACGCCAACAGCAAGGAGCAGAACAAGAAACCCCACAUAAAGAAACCCCUCAACGCCUUCAUGCUGUACAUGAAGGAGAUGAGGGCUAAGGUAGUGGCCGAAUGCACGCUCAAGGAGUCAGCGGCGAUCAACCAGAUCCUCGGCAGACGGUGGCAUUCAUUGAGUCGCGAGGAGCAGGCAAAGUACUAUGAGAAAGCGAGGCAAGAGAGACAGCUCCAUAUGCAGCUAUACCCCGGCUGGAGCGCGAGGGACAACUACGGAACUGUAACCCGACACGCGAGGGGCUGGGUCACGUCGACGCUUGUGUACACUCGCUUCACCUCCGCCCCAUCCACGGAUCCGUCCCGCAUCGGGCCGAGCGAGAAUCCUCCGCUGACGUGGCACGCACUCGGCCGAGAGGAGCAAGCCAAGUAUUACGAGUUGGCGCGUCGGGAACGCCAGCUACACAUGCAACUCUAUCCCGAUUGGUCGUCUAGGGCUAAUACGCAAAGGGGCAAGAAGAGGAAACGAAAACAGGAGACAACCGAUGGAGGAAAUAAUUUGAAAAAAUGCCGAGCGAGGUACGGUCUCGACCAGCAAAACCAGUGGUGCAAACCUUGCAGGCGGAAGAAGAAGUGCGUGCGCUACAUGGAGGCGCUGGCGGCGGCGGGGGGCAACGCGCCCACCGCCCCCGCCACCCCGCACUCGGCGUGCUCCGACGAGGACGUUAAGCUCGAGGACAUGUCGGACGCGUCCAGCGACGGCGAGGCGGACACGCCGCUCAACUCGGCCUCCAGCCCGGGCGGGCUGAGCGCGCUCUCGUCGCUCGCCUCGCCCGCCUCCGACCCGCCGCCCAACCCGCCGCGCCACCCCGUCGGCACGAACCCGCGCGACGCCAACAACCCGCUCUCCGUGGGGCAGCUCACCUCGCAGACGUGGCCGCGCGCCGCGCCCCGCCCCGGCCACGAGGCGAUAUCCGUCUCG